CUGAAUGGUCUGUACCAACUUCACCUCCGGUUCUGGGUGUCAUGGCCGCCUCGGGAGUCUAGUUCGAGUCUACACCUGCGGUGGGCAGGUUCGGAAGCCCACGCCCGGAGAUCCAGGGGGCUCAAGUUGCGCCUGUGGUUGUGGGGGCGACGAUUUCUCCGAUUUCUCGGCGAUGGCGGCGUCCGGGAGUGGUAUGGCCCAGAAAACCUGGGAACUGGCCAACAACAUGCAGGAAGCCCAGAGUAUCGAUGAAAUCUACAAAUACGACAAGAAACAGCAGCAGGAAAUCCUAGCGGCCAAGCCCUGGACUAAGGAUCACCAUUACUUUAAAUACUGCAAAAUCUCAGCGCUGGCUCUACUGAAAAUGGUGAUGCAUGCCAGAUCUGGAGGCAACUUGGAAGUGAUGGGCUUGAUGCUGGGCAAAGUGGACGGUGAAACCAUGAUCAUUAUGGACAGUUUCGCUUUACCUGUAGAGGGCACUGAAACCCGAGUAAAUGCUCAGGCUGCUGCAUACGAGUACAUGGCCGCAUACAUAGAAAAUGCCAAACAGGUUGGCCGCCUUGAAAACGCAAUUGGCUGGUAUCAUAGCCACCCCGGCUAUGGUUGCUGGCUUUCUGGGAUUGAUGUCAGUACUCAGAUGCUCAAUCAGCAGUUCCAGGAACCAUUCGUAGCAGUUGUAAUUGAUCCAACAAGAACAAUAUCUGCAGGGAAAGUCAAUCUUGGAGCCUUUAGGACAUACCCAAAGGGCUACAAGCCUCCUGAUGAAGGACCUUCUGAAUAUCAGACUAUUCCACUUAAUAAAAUAGAAGACUUUGGUGUACAUUGCAAACAAUACUAUGCUUUAGAAGUGUCAUAUUUCAAAUCCUCUUUGGAUCGCAAAUUGCUUGAACUUUUGUGGAAUAAAUACUGGGUGAAUACAUUGAGUUCCUCCAGCCUGCUUACUAAUGCAGACUAUACCACAGGUCAGGUCUUUGAUUUGUCUGAAAAGCUAGAGCAGUCAGAAGCCCAGCUGGGCCGAGGAAGUUUUAUGUUGGGUUUAGAAACACAUGACCGAAAGUCAGAGGACAAACUUGCCAAAGCUACACGAGACAGCUGUAAAACUACCAUAGAAGCUAUCCAUGGAUUGAUGUCUCAGGUUAUUAAGGAUAAACUGUUCAAUCAAAUUAACAUUGCUUAACUGAUUUAUGUUUGCUUUUGCCUGAAAGCUGUAUAAGAAAAACAUUCAAGUAACACUUUCAAAACCAGUAACCAAAAGUCCAGUUAGAAGUAUAAGGUGCUCUGAAGUGUCCUGAAUAGUGACAUCCCAUAAUAAAACUCUUUAAAAUGAAA